GGAUAGUUAUUUCUGACUCAGGUUGGUAAGACCGAGUACGUUUCUGGUUGCUUCGAGCGGACACGGUAUUCCUCGCAGGGUGUAUCUCGUGGAAGCUGCUGGAGGCGACGGCGGCGAGCAGGAUGGAGUUCUUGAUGCAGCCAAUACACAUCAGAUCCGCUUUCUUGGAGGAAGUUGGGGAAAGUUUGAUGCCUCUAUCAGCGUCGGCGGAGCGGCUUACGGCGGAGCCGCCUGUGGAGGAUAUGCUGAUGGAGGAUGAGUUCGGGUUGACGGGAGUGGUUUGCGUGGAGCCCCAAGCGGCUAUGUCGCCUGACGACCAGAUCUUGCCGCACAGCGAAGCUGCUGCGGAGAGGAGAGAUAACUCACCUCCUACCUGUGAGAUGUCGACAGGGAAGAUGAAUCCACGGGCGCCUGGGUGGACAAUGAGCGUGAUAACGCCCACUACUGGGACAAGCUUCGACUCAGUGGGGGAGGCCUAUGAUUUCUAUAAUUUGUAUUCGUGGGAGAAAGGUUUUGGGAUACGUUAUGGGAAGAGCCGGCUAAAUGUCGAGAGGACGAAAUGUAUGCAAGAAAUAGUUUGUGGCUGCUCGGGGAAAGCGGGUGUUGAGAACACAAGGUCAUGUCGGUGUGAGUGCCCUGCUCUGAUAAGGCUAUUGCGUGCGGAGGACAACGGAUGGUACAUCGCAGAGCAUAGAGAUACGCACAACCACUCGUUGUCCCCCAAUUACGGUGAAACAAUGCAUUGGCCAUCGCACAAACACAAAGAUGUUUACACGCGAGACCUUGUGAAAAAAUUGAGGGAGAACAACGUGAAUUUGGCGAAGGUUUAUAGUAUUAUUGGAGGUUUCUUCGGUUCGAUGGAGAAUGUGCCUUUCACGAAGAGGUCUUUGCGUACCCUAUGUGGUCAGAUUAACAGGGACCACGCGGAGGACGAUGUGAGGAAGACGAUGGAUGUAUUUGCGGAGAUUGGAGCUAAGGAUCCUCAUUUUACAUACAGAGUCCAGGCUGACAGUGAUGGUAGGAUAAAGAACCUGAUGUGGGCAUCGGGCAGCAGCAGGCUUCAGUACUCGUUCUUUGGCAACGUCAUAACCUUCGACACAACUUACCGGACGAACCUUUAUGACAUGCCGUUUGGGCUCUUUGUUGGUGUGAACAACCACUUCCAAAGUGUUAUUAUGGCGGGCGUGCUCAUUUGUGACGAGACAGAGGAUAGCUUUGUGUGGUUUUUUUUUCUGAAUUCAUUAGGAUGGUGGGAGGCACUCCACCCAUGACGAUACUGACAGACCAGAACCGUGCUAUGGAGCUGGCUAUAAAGAGGGUUAUGCCAAAUGCAGCACACAG